AUGGCAUCAGUGAACAUCGAUGCGCAGCUUCUGCAGGACAGUGUUCAGUUCCACGAAAGCAAAGACAAGAUGGUUGAGCUCCACAAUGGCUGCAUCUGCUGUACCCUGCGGGAAGACUUGAUUGAGAACGUGCGCUCGCUAGCACUAGAGGGGCGGUUCGACUAUCUUCUCAUCGAGAGCACGGGCAUCUCUGAACCCAUGCCUGUUGCGGCCACCUUUGCUGCAACAGAUGCCGCUGGAGUUCCCAUGCUGGGUGGCGUCGCAGAGCUGGAUACGCUGGUGACUGUCAUCGACUGUCUGAACUUCCUCAAGGACUACCAUUCGCAGGAAAAGGCCAUCGAUCGAAAUGAGUUGGGAGCCGAGGAGUCCGACCAACGAAGCAUCGUGGAUCUGCUGGUCGAUCAGGUCGAGAUCGCCAAUGUGCUCAUUUUGAACAAGACAGACCUGGUCUCUGCACAAGACCUGGAGCGCUUGAAGGGCAUCUUCCAGAAGCUGAACCCAAGCGCCCGGCUGAUCGAGAGCCAGUUCGGGGCCGUGCAGCCGAAACUGCUGAUGAACACACGCAGCUUCGACCUGGAGGGCGCCAGCUCCCUUCCGGGCUGGGUGGCCGAGCUGCAGGGGCGAGGGACUCCGCACAAGCCGGAGACCGAGGAGUUUGGCAUCUCCAGUUUCAUCUAUCGGAGGCUGCGUCCUUUUCACCCGGACCGACUCGCUUCCGUCCUCGACGGUGGCGCCUUCCCCGGCGUGCUCCGAUCGAAGGGGUUCCUUUGGUCGGCGAGCCACCACGCCACCUCACUGGAGUGGAGCCAGGCGGGUUCCGUGAUGUACCUGACAGAGGGAUAUGCCUGGCAACAGCUCCAGCUCCCGCCGCUGCCAAAGGAUCGGUUGAGGGAGGACAAAUACUGCGGCCGCCGACAGGAGCUGGUCUUCAUCGGCGUCAACAUGCAGCAGGACGACAUUUGCAAAGCGCUUGACGAAGCGCUGGUGACGGAAGAGGAGUUCUCUGCCGGUCCAGCAGCGUGGUCUGGCUGGAGGAAGGUCGUGUUGAGCCAAAACCACCACGACCACAGCCACGCUGGUCAUGACGACCACAGCUGCCCGCAGUCCGAUGAGGUGGCAGAGUGGGCGAGCAUGAUGCGCGACUGGUUCCCCGAGGUCGUCGAUCCCGAGAUCCUUCAGAACCCUGAGGCGGCCAUCGCCAAGCUGAGCGACAAGGAAAUCCGUUCAGCUCUGGAGCUCCGCGCCGUCUCUUUCAAAAAAGACGACGACCGCUCGGUGCUUGCGGAGCUUCUCCGACCGCUCUGGUGA